GGCCAUCUCCCAAGGAAGGAGCAACUGUUGGUUGGUUCAUCACGUUGGUCCUCUGUCGACUGGGACCUGGACGACGAUCGCCUCGUUGUUCCCUCCUCUCUCCUCCCAACCAUCAUCCAACCUCCAUCAUGACCAAGGACCGCUUAGCCGCGCUCAAGGCCGUAAGCUCACUAACAAUCUAACUCGCUCUUGCUUACUUUACUAACUUUUACAGCGCUUUGUAUUACAACCAAGCAGCAGAUAUAGAGUACAGUACAGCAUAUAGUAAAUAGCUAGCAUAGAAGAGAAGCAGAGAAAGAGAAAGUAGUAGUUGUAGCAUAGGCGGAGGCGUCGUCGUCGUCGUUGUCGCCAUCAUCCCUGGACCGCCAAAGGAGCAUGGAAUUAGCUAGAUUAGUGGGUGGGCGCGCGUGUAGUGGGUGUGGCUGGGGUCAUUUUUCGCUUUGGAGGUGGUGGUGGGUGGUCUUGGUGAGAAUAGAGAUAGAAGAGAAGAGAUGUGCGGAAAAUACGGGAAAUGGAUGGAUGCCGUCAUCACUACUUGGCGCAGAGCGAUGAGGAUGACGUGGGUGGGGAUGAGGUCGCUGUUACGGUGGAGAGUAGGGAUGGAUUCAUGGACGAGUUCUUUGCCGAGGUGGAAGAGAUACGAGAGAUGAUUGAUAGGAUCCAGUAUAGCGUGGAAGAGGUCAAAAAGAAACACUCAGCCAUUCUUUCCGCUCCCACAACGGACGAAAAGAUGAAGCAGGAAUUAGAGGAUCUCAUGGCAGGCAUAAAAAAGACGGCGAAUCAAGUACGGUCCAAAUUAAAAGUAAUAGAACAGAACAUUGAGCAGGAAGAGCACACUAAUAAGUCCUCGGCAGAUCUCCGGAUUCGAAAAACACAGCAUUCCACCCUCUCUCGUAAAUUUGUGGAAGUCAUGACAGAAUACAAUCGAACGCAGACAGACUACCGGGAGCGGUGCAAGGGGAGGAUUCAACGCCAAUUAGAAAUCACAGGGAGAACUACGACGGAUGAAGAGCUAGAAGAAAUGAUUGAGCAAGGAAAUCCAUCCGUCUUUACUCAGGGCAUUAUUAUGGAGACGCAGCAAGCCCGACAAACCUUGGCCGAUAUUGAAGCCAGGCACGCAGACAUCAUAAAAUUGGAGAAUUCUAUUAGAGAGUUGCAUGACAUGUUUAUGGAUAUGGCCAUGCUAGUGGAAAGUCAGGGUGAAAUGAUUGAUCGUAUCGAAUAUCAUGUUGAACAUGCCGUGGACUAUGUUCAAACAGCGACACAGGAUACGAAGAAGGCUCUUAAAUACCAAAGCAAAGCUAGGCGGAAGAAGAUAAUUCUCGCCCUUUGUGUCGCCCUUGUCCUGGUCCUCCUUGGCGUGGCGCUGAGCGUCUCGUUCCUCUCGCCAGGGCCCAGCUCUUCGUCCUGAACGCAUGCGAAUUGACCUGUGUGCUUCGUUUUUUUAAGUUGCUCUUCUCCCACCAAGCCCAUACAUUUAAUUAAUUAUGACUCCUCCCAUCGCAGUGAAGAAACGUACGAUCUGAUGAUACCUAUUCAGUAGUGGAAUCUCAAUCAAGAAUCUUCUCCACUCGGACCUAACGCAAUGCAAUUUAUGAUUUCAACUAUUACAUAUUUAUUUAUUUACCUAGAUUUAUUUUUACCAGUUUACACACUUUCUAGUCAUUUUUUUGUUCCUUAAUUUUACUGAUUUAUUUAAUAUGACCACGCUUCUUAUAUUUUGUAUGUACAAGUAAAAGAAAGGAAACGCUUCCGUAUUGCAAGACAAA